AUGGGUUUGGCCUGCGCCUGUAUGGACCGUCUGUCACAGUUCCGCUUCGCCCCAGCCCCUGGUUGGCAGUCGAAUGCGGCUCUAUUCCUCCUCUUGACUGGAGGAUUGUUCACAGCAUGCAAAUUGUUUAACGUUUUCCGUGCCCUACUCAGUAUUUUCAUCCUGCCGGGGCAGAAGCUCUCCAAAUUCGGACCAAAAGGAAGCUGGGCACUUGUCACCGGUGCCUCAGAUGGAAUUGGCAAAGAAUUCUCUCUCCAGCUCGCCCGCGCGGGCUACAAUAUCCUCCUCGUCUCGCGUACGACUUCGAAACUAGAUGAUGUCGCCAAUGAAAUCAAGAGCAAGUCCCCCAGCGUACAAACCAAACUCUUCGCAAUGGACUUCUUUGAAAACAACGAUGACGACUACGAGAAACUCAAGCUCUUGAUCCAGGAUCUCGAUAUUUCCAUCCUCAUCAACAACGUCGGCCGCAGCCAUAGCAUGCCAACCCCAUUCGUCCUCACCCCGCUCGAAGAAAUGGAGAGUAUAAUCACCAUCAAUUGCAUGGGCACCCUGCGCAUCACCCAGCUGGUUGCACCGGGAAUGAUGCAGCGCAAGCGUGGGUUAAUCAUGACCAUGGCAUCAUUUGCCGGCAUGAUUCCUACCCCGCUGUUGGCUACUUACUCCGGGAGCAAGGCAUUCCUGCAAUACUGGUCGAUUGCCCUAGGCAGCGAGCUGAAGCCGUACGGGGUGCAGGUUGAGCUUGUCCAGAGCCACCUAGUGACAUCUGCCCUGUCCAAGAUCCGCAGGCCCACCGUUACAGUUCCCGUUCCGCGCAACUUCGUUCGAGCAGCCCUCAGCAAAAUUGGUCGCGGGAGCGGUUUGUCGGCAUACGCGUAUACCUCUGCGCCCUACUGGAGUCAUGGUGUGAUGGCAUUUGCUCUCACGCAAGUUCUAGGACCCAUGGGUAAACUCGUUCUGGGUUAUAAUAAAGCCUUCCACGAAUCUAUUCGAGCACGUGCGCUACGGAAGGCGGAGCGCGAGAGGAACAAGAAAUCUACUUGA